GAUCCUCCAUGGAGACGGAUAGAGUUAAACAAUCAAAAUGGUGGUAGAUAAUUUUCCUCAGUCACCUGGCCGCCAGUAUUUUCCAUACAGGGGUCACUAUUCUUCAUUGGACUGCUAUUGGAACGAGGCCUUCCUUCCUAUGGAUCCAUUUUUCUUCGAAGAGGAUGAACCCAGGGCUACACAAUCGGUUGCGGCUGAUUCCAGCACUUGUUCGUCUCAUCUUCCUGUUCCAGGACCAGAGGGAUCUUCUUCAAACCAUCUGGAAGCGUUGACCCAAUGCGUGCAGAACAUGAUACCGGACGAGUUUCAACCAACUGUUCGGCCAGUCACCACAACCGUGAUCGCAAUUCAACCACCAGCGAAAAGAUCUCGUAGCAUCAAAACUGGACCUCGUCGGCACAAAGCUAAUGCACGUGAACGACAGCGGAUGCACGGCCUGAACGGAGCGCUCGACAAUUUACGAAGAUUAGCUCCAAUUGUAUCAGACAGCCAGAAACUAUCGAAAAUCGAGACACUGCGGCUGGCCCGAAAUUACAUUCAACUUCUUAGCGGCAUGUUAAACGACAACAACGCCGGCCCUUCCACAUGUUCACCUGCCAACACAGCAAAUGUUUUAACUCGGGGAUUAUCCCAAGCCACCAUCAAUGUGAUACAAUCGCUUCUUGGUGUCAAUGAUCGCUCUUCGAUCUCCAUCCCAGGGCGUGGUGGAACCAAUGACAAUUCAUUGAGCCCACGUUCAAAGGCAUCGGAGAAUAAUAGCGCUUAUCAACUCAAUGAUCUCUUGGUUAGCUAUCAUCAAUGUUCGCAAAAUGUUGAGACUCAGAUCUGCCUGAAUGAGGAAGACGAAACUCAACUGGAAUCCAUUAUAAACCUACUGGCGCAAGAAGAGGAACAGCCGAUUCUUGUAGACCCUAUCGAUAGCAGCUGGGCUGGCCUAGAUGCUUGGGAUAGUUCGUCUUUUGAAUUUGAUGGGCCUUCUGUAGAUUUUUAG